AAAAAUUCAAAAGAUUUCUUCACUGCUCCCGGUUUCUUUCGGAAAAUCGACUCGCCCGGAAUGCCAAAUUUUCUACGAUUCGCUUUUUCUUUUGCUUUCUGACCUAACGAUAAAACUUGAAUAUUUAGGAAAGCGAAAAAGCGGCCUAUUUAGUAAAGCUUUGUUUGUUCUGCUUUGCUGAAAUAUCUUGCUCUCUGGUGCGAAUGCUGAGAUUGAGUUUAGGGAAAAGAUAAUUCGAGAUAGAAAGAGAUAGAGAUGGUGGUGAGGAAAGUAGGGAAGUACGAGAUCGGGAGGACGAUUGGCGAGGGAACAUUUGCGAAGGUUAAGUUUGCUCAGAACACGGAGACCGGUGAGAGCGUCGCCAUGAAAGUCCUCGAUCGCAAUACCAUUAUCAAGCACAAGAUGGUCGACCAGAUUAAGAGGGAGAUAACGAUAAUGAAGCUUGUCAGGCAUCCUUAUGUUGUUCGUCUUCAUGAGGUUCUAGCGAGCCGUACUAAGAUUUAUAUAAUAUUGGAGUUCAUCACAGGUGGUGAAUUGUUCGAUAAAAUAGUUCGUCACGGACGUCUUAGUGAAGCCGAAGCUCGAAGAUACUUCCAGCAGCUUAUUGAUGGCGUGGGUUAUUGCCACAGCAAGGGAGUCUACCAUAGGGACUUGAAGCCUGAAAAUCUUUUGUUGGAUUCCCAAGAAAAUUUAAAGAUUUCAGAUUUUGGUCUGAGUGCAUUGCCUGAACAAGGAGUUAGCCUUCUUCGGACAACAUGUGGGACUCCCAACUACGUAGCACCUGAGGUUCUCAGUCACAAGGGUUACGAUGGUGCUGUGGCAGAUGUUUGGUCCUGUGGAGUCAUCCUUUAUGUUCUGAUGGCUGGAUAUCUCCCAUUUGAUGAGCUUGAUCUCACUACGCUAUAUAGUAAGAUUGAGAAAGCAGAGUUUUCAUGUCCAUCCUGGUUUCCAGUUGGAACAAAAUCCUUGAUUCAUAGAAUUUUAGAUCCAAAUCCUCAAACUCGUAUUACUAUUGAAGAGAUCAGAAAUGAUGAAUGGUUUAAAAAGGGUUAUGUUCCUGUCAAACUUCUUGAAUAUGAAGAUGUAAACCUUGAUGAUCUAGAUGCUGUUUUCGAUGAUUGUGAGGAACAAAGGGCUGAUGAGCGAUGUGGGAAUGAGGACACAGGUCCUUUGAUUCUUAAUGCUUUUGACUUGAUAAUUCUAUCUCAAGGAUUAAACCUUGCAUCGCUGUUUGAUCGUGGCCAGGACUCUAUGAAGUGUCAGACACGCUUUGUUUCACAGAAGCCAGCAAAAGUCGUUUUAUCUAGUAUGGAAGUUGUUGCACAAUCAUUGGGUUUUAAGACUCAUAUACGCAACUUUAAGAUGAGAGUGGAAGGUCUUUCAGCAAAUAAGGACAGUCAUUUUUCAGUUAUUCUGGAAAUUUUUGAAGUCGCUCCAACAUUUUUAAUGGUAGAUAUUCAGAAAGCAGCUGGAGAUGCUGGUGAAUAUGUCAAGUUUUACAAGACUUUUUGUAGCAAUCUUGACGAUAUCAUCUGGAAACCACCUACUGACUCAAGCAAAUCAAGGAUCACCAAGGCAAAGAGUAAAAAGCGUUGAUUUUGUUUCCUGUAACAUAAUCUAGUGGGUUACACGUCCCAAUCUAGGGUUGACCCUAAGUUGUUUUUGUUUCCUGUAACAUCAUCUACAUUGUUACACAUUCAACUCUAGGGUUUACCCAUAUAGGCUCUCAGAUGUUACAACCUGAGGUUAGGACUACAGCUUACCUAAAGUGCAAUCAAUCCUCAAUACCCCACCAAACAUCCUCCCCAUUUUUUUUUUUUUUUGUCAGUUGAAAAAAAGAGAGGAAUUAGUGUUAUACAUGCCUAUUUGUUCCCUGCCAGUCUAAUGCUAGGUUUAAGCCGAUGGGAGUGUACGACUUUGUUGGUGAAUUUGAGUUGAAUGUAAUGUUAUAGUUCUUUAAUUGCCAAACAUAGUGUAAGUUCAGAACUUAUAUUUAAUUUUUGCAGCUUGUAUUAUAGUGA